AUGGACGCCAAGCUUGUGGAUGACUGGGUGAUCCUGGACUCGUACCGGGGCCACCUCACCGAUGGCGUGCUCACCAACUUGAAGUGGAACCGGGUGAUCCCGGCCAUCAUCCUAGGGGGCUGCACUCCUCUGCUGCAGCCCCUUGACGUGAGCGUGGACCGCUCAUUCAAGGCGCUGCUGCGCGAGAUGUACAACGAGUGUUUUGCCGAGAUCGGCAUCAACACGUUCACGAAAGCCGAUGACGCGGAGGCGGCAAAGGUGGCGGAAGCCGAGGAUGCCGGGGACCUCCCUGAGGAGGAGGAGGAGGAGGAGGAGGAGGAGGAGGAGGAUGAGGAGGAGGAGGAGGAGGAUGAGGAGGAGGAUGAGGAAGAGGAGGAGGAGGAUGGGGAGGAGGCGGAGGAGGGGGAGGAGGGUGGGCUGGAGGAGAACGCGAACAAAGAGUGA